AAAUGAUUCGAUACGCAUCAACCUCUAUCAUUCAUACGACAACUCUCGUCCUUUCAUUUUACUAAGAAAACAAAAUGUUCAAACUGUUUGUAUUCGCUUGCUUCAUGGCUCUCGCCGCCGCCAAGCCAUCAGUGGUGCCACUAGCGUACACCGCUCCAGUGGCCGCGGCGUACACAGCGCCCGUAGCAGCAGCCUACACCGCGCCCGUGGCUUACAGCGCGUACUCUGCUUACUCCGCUCCCGUCGCCGCUUACUCCGCACCUUACGCAGCUUACUCCGCCUACACAUACGCUUCUCCCUACUCCUACUACCUUCGUCGUUGAUUUACCAAAGCCUAACCUGUGAUAUUAGAUAAAUAAAUAUAUAAUUUGGUCAGCACA